AUGGAAAAUCAAUCAGCAAAGAACCAACAAGCCGCCGCCGCCGCUAAGCAACAACAACAACAACAACAACAAGAACCCGCUGCUGAGGCUCCCAAUGAGACCCCUAAUGAAGAAUCCCCUGAGGUUACACCUGAACAAGACCCUGCACAACCUGAAGAACCCGAUAAGGAAGAAGAAUCUGAAGCUGAAUCCGAAUCUGAAGAGGACUCUGAAGUCGAUUCCGAAGAUGACCUUGAAGAAUUAUACCAACUUCUUGUCGGAAAGAAGAUCAAUGAUCAAGGCAACGUGGUUGACAAGAAAACUGGCAACAUCAUUGGUAGAUUAGUCGAAGGCAAGGUGCGAAAGGUCACUGGUCGAAAGGUCGGUGAACGUGGUGCCGUGGUCAACAGUAAAGGCAAGAUCUUAGGAAGAGUCGAACCUGUUGACGAAGAAAGCUCUAGUGAAGAAGAGAGUGAGUCUGAAGAAGAUGAUGAUGAAGAAGAGGAAGAGGAAGAAGAGGUGCCUGCCUCUGGUGAUGAACAAGAAGAAGAAGCUCCUGUCGAUGAACCCAAGUCCCGCGGAAUCUCUAAUACCCCUAAGGAUGACGAAAGCGAAUCUGAAGAUGAUAAUGAUGCUGAUGAUGUCGCUGAAAAGGUUCAAGAUGGCGCUGAUAAGGCCUCUAAGAAGAUUCAAGAAGGUGCUGAUGAUGCUUCGGAGAAGAUUGAUGAUGCCACUGAGGAUGCUUCAGAAAAGGCUGAUGAUGCUGCUGAGAAGGCUGGUGAUGCUUCAGAGAAGGCAGGUGACGCCACUGAAGAUGCUUCGAAGAAGGUUGAUGAUGCCACUGAGGAUGCUUCAGAGAAGGCUGGUGAUGCCACUGAAGACGCUGAUUCCGAUGACAUCUCCAAGAAGAAGUCUGGCAAAGUACUUGAUACGGAUGAUAACGUCGUUGGUCAUGUUGACAAGCGUUUAGCCCCCAAGUUUGCUGGUUUCAAGGUGGAUCAAGAAGGCAAUGUUUAUGACAAGGAUGGUGAGAUUGUUGGUACUGCUGAAAUGAUCAAGCCUGCUGAAGAAGAGAAGCCUUUCAAUCCUAAUGAAAUGGUCGAUCAAGACUCUCCUGAGGUGCGCAAGUCUGGUAAGGUGGUUGACAUGGAAGACAAUGUCAUUGGCUCUGUUGAUAAACUUUUGGCUCCCAAGUUGGCUGGUUUCAAGGUCGAUAAGGAUGGCAAUGUUAUCAACAACGAUGGUCAUAUUGUUGCUAAGGCUGAUUUGUUUAAGGUGGAAGAAUCUGCUGCUGAAGAAGAAGAAGAGGCCCCCGCUGAAGAAGACAAGCCUUUCAACCCUAAUGAGGACAUCACUGAAGACUCUCCUGAGGUCCGCAAGUCUGGCAAGAUUGUUGAUAUGGAAGACAACAUCGUUGGCUCUAUUGAUAAGCGUGUUGCUACCAAAUUUGCUGGUCUUAAGGUCGAUAAGGAUGGUAAUGUCAUUAACGGUGAAGGUCAUAUUGUUGCCAAGGCUGAAAUGUUCAAGGAGGAAGAACCUGUUGAAGAAGACAAGCCCUUCAACCCUAAUGAAAUGAUCAAUGAAGAUUCUCCUGAGGUUAAGAAGUCUGGUAAGGUGCUUGAUAUGGAUGAUGAGGUGGUUGGUACUCUUGAUAAGCGUAUGGCUGCCAAGUAUGCUGGUCUCAAGGUCGAUCCUGAAGGCAAUGUUAUUGACGGUGAAGGUCAUAUUGUCGCUAGGGCUGAGAUGAUUAAGAAGGAUGAGCCUACUGAGGAUGAAGAUAAGCCUUUCAACCCUAAUGAGGCUGUGAAUGAAGAUUCUCCUGAGGUCCGCAAGUCUGGCAAGAUCUUUGAUAUGGAUGAUGAAUUGGUGGGUACUCUUGAUAAGGCUUUGGCUGCCAAGUAUGCUGGUCUUAAGGUCGAUCCCGAGGGUAAUGUCAUUGACGGUGAAGGUCAUAUUGUUGCCAAGGCUGAUAUGAUUAAGAAGGAAGAACCUGUCGAGGAGGACAAGCCUUUCAACCCUAAUGAAUUGGUCGAUGAAGAUUCUCCCGAGGUGAAGAAGUCUGGCAAGAUUCUUGAUAUGGAUGAUGAAUUGGUGGGCACUCUUGACAAGAAAUUAGCUGCCAAGUAUGCUGGUCUCAAGGUCGAUCCUGAAGGCAAUGUUAUCAAUGCUGAUGGUCAUAUUGUUGCUAAGGCGGAGAUGAUCAAGAAGGAAGAACCCGUUGAAGAGAACAAGCCUUUCAAUCCUAACGAGAUGGUCAAUGAAGAUUCUCCUGAGGUCAAGAAGUCUGGCAAGGUCGUUGACAUGGAGGAUAAUGUUAUUGGUUCUGUCGAUAAGCGUAUUGCUUCCAAGUAUGCUGGUUGUAGAGUUGAUCCUGAAGGCAAUGUUAUUAGCGAUGAAGGUCACAUUGUCGGUCGUGCUGAAAUGAUCAAGGAAGAAGAGCCCGUUGAAGAGUCUAAGCCUUUUAAUCCCAACCAAAUGGUCGAUGAAGAUUCUCCCGAGGUCAAGAAGUCUGGUAAGGUGCUUGAUAUGGAUGACAACGUCGUUGGUACUGUUGACAAGCGUGUCGCUUCCAAGUAUGCCGGCUGCAAGGUCGAUCCCGAAGGCAAUGUUAUCGAUGAAGAAGGUGACGUCGUUGGAAAGGCUGAAAUGACUCAAGCUCCUGCAGAAGAAGAGAAGCCCUUCAAUCCUUAUGGUAUGGUCGAUGAAAACUCUCCCGAGGUCAAGAGAUCUGGCAAGGUGGUUGACAUGGAUGAUAACAUUGUUGGCUCUGUUGACAAGCUCAUUGCUCACAAGCUGGUUGGUUUUAAGGUCGAUAACGAAGGUAACAUCAUCGACAAUGAAGGCCACAUUGCUGGUAAGGCUGAUAUGAUCAAGGAAGAAGAAUCUGAAUCUGAGGAAGAAGAAGAAGAGAAGCCUUUCAAUCCCAACUCCAAUCGACUUACUGAAGAAGAACGCAAGCAACAAGAAGAUGAGGAAGAAUACCGUCGUAUUGCCAACUUGAUGUCUCAGGCCGUUCAACAAUCUCUUGACAAGAUUAAGCCCGUCUUAAAGGAAAUCACCUCUAGUAUCGAAGUCGAAGAAGCCAAGAAUGAGAAGGAUCGUGAUGAACAAAAGUUGGUUGAACAUGUCAAGCCCUUAAUCGAACAAGGUUCUCAAAUUCUCGGUGAAGCUUAUGGUGCUAUUCGUGGUCUCGAUCCCUCUGGUAACAUUGCUAAGGAAGCUCAAGCCAAGACUAAGCAAAGAAAGGCCUUACCUGAGGAAUACCAUUUGGCUGAUCUCUUGUCCCAAUUAACUGGCGAAGUCACUACCACUAUUGAUAACGCUAAGAAGAAGAUCAAGAACAUGCCUCAUGCCAAGAAGGCCCUCAAUCCCUUAUGGAACAUCCUUCAAAGUCCCUUGUUGCAAAUCCUCUCUGCUGUUGGACUUUUGUUAACUGGUGUACUUGGUCUUGUCGGUAACAUCUUGAACGGACUUGGUCUUGGUUCUAUCAUCAACAGCUUAUUGGGCGGUAUUGGUCUUAACAAGAUUCUUGAAGGCUUUGGCCUUGGUGAUGCUUUGAAAUUAGGCAAAAAAUAA